AUGUCUGCCGAAAGAGCUUGUAUGCUGUGUGGGCUAGUACUUACCACUGCCGAAUUUACAAAAGAUGGAUGUCCGAAUUGCCAAGGUAUUUUUGACGAGGCUGGUGUGAGUACCAUGGAAUGCACGUCUCCGUCCUUUGAAGGACUUGUGGGAAUGUGCAAACCAUCCAAAUCAUGGGUAGCCAAGUGGAUAAGUGUAGAUGCGUAUAUUCCUGGCAUGUAUGCUAUCAAAGUGGAUGGUCGGCUGCCGGUGGAAGUGUCUGAUUUGUUGCCGCAUUACAAGCCACGAGACGGAUCGCAGGUAGAUUAA